AUCUCUGCUCUGGGGCUGCCGAGAGAGGAAAUGCUACGUGUCCGGGUGAUUUAAAAAAGCCGGAGACUUUAGCGAUGCUACCCCACUCCCCGCCUCUGCCUGGCCAAUUCCACCAGGAGUGAUACAGAGAGAGGGAGACACACACACACACACACACACACACACACGCACACACAGGUCACUUUGCUGGCACCACGACGGCCUUUCAGCAUGUCAGGGGAUGAUAAGAAGACGAUUACGGAAAUUCACAAAUCCACCAACGUGGUGUAUCAGGCGCAUCACGUUAGUCGAAGCAAGAGAGGACAGAUAGUCGGCACAAGGAGAGGAUUCCGUGGUUGCACCGUCUGGCUAACAGGUCUGUCGGGUGCGGGGAAGACCACCAUUGGUUUUGCCCUGGAGGAGUACCUGGUGACCCACGGCAUUCCUUGUUACUCGCUCGAUGGAGAUAACAUCAGGCAAGGACUAAACAAAAACCUGGGCUUCAGCACCGAGGACCGCGAGGAGAAUAUUCGGCGUAUCGCCGAGGUGGCCAAGCUGUUUGCCGAUGCUGGUCUCGUCUGUAUAGCCAGCUUCAUCUCACCAUUCGCCAAGGAUCGUGAAAAGGCAAGAAAAAGCCAUGAAGUAUCCAACCUUCCAUUUUUUGAAGUCUUCAUUGAUGCCCCCCUGGACAUCUGUGAAAAUCGUGACGUGAAAGGUCUCUACAAGAAGGCAAGAGCUGGAGAGAUAAAAGGUUUUACUGGCAUUGAUUCGGAGUACGAGAAGCCCGAAAGUUCGGAGUUGGUGUUGAAAACAAACCUCACCUCCGUCAAUGAAUGCAUCCAACGCUUGGUAGAGCUCUUGGAAGAGAAGGGCAUUGUUCCUGCAGCCGCCAGCGAAGGAGUGAAGGAACUGUUUGUCCCAGACAACAAGCACGACCUGGUGCGCGAAGCAGCACGGACUCUACCUACGCUGCAGAUUACCCGGUUGGAUCUGCAGUGGGUGCAGGUGUUAUCGGAAGGAUGGGCCACCCCUCUCUCGGGCUUCAUGAGGGAACGGGAGUUCCUCCAGGUUCUGCACUUUGGGAUGCUCUUGGACGGUGGACUCAUCAACCUGACCGUUCCCAUCGUCCUGCCCGUCGGCACGGACGACAAGGUUCGCAUCGCCGGCAGCUCCGCCAUCGCCCUCGUCUACUCUGGCCGCACCGUGGCUGUCCUCCAGAAGCCCGAGUUCUACCAGCACCGGCAGGAGGAGCGCUGCGCCCGGCAAUGGGGAACCACCUGCGAGAGUCACCCCUACAUUAAAAUGGUGAUGGAGAGUGGCGACUGGCUCGUUGGAGGAGACCUCCAGGUACUGGAGCGGAUCCGGUGGAAUGACGGCUUGGAUCAAUAUCGUCUAACACCCAUGGAGCUCAAACAGAAGUUCAAGGACAUGAACGCUGAUGCGAUCUUUGCGUUCCAGCUGCGCAACCCGGUGCACAACGGCCAUGCGUUGCUGAUGCAGGACACCAGGCGCAGGCUGCUGGAGCAGGGCUACAAGCGGCCGGUGCUGCUGCUGCACCCGCUGGGCGGCUGGACCAAGGAUGAUGACGUGCCGCUGGCCUGGCGCAUGCGGCAGCACGCGGCCGUGCUGGAGGAGGGCGUGCUGGACCCCAGCUCCACCGUCGUCGCCAUCUUCCCCUCGCCCAUGAUGUACGCUGGCCCCACCGAGGUCCAGUGGCACUGCAGGUCCCGGAUGAUUGCUGGAGCCAACUUCUACAUCGUGGGCCGAGACCCGGCCGGCAUGCCUCAUCCCGUGACCAAGAAGGACCUGUACGAACCCACGCACGGCGCAAAGGUGCUGAGCAUGGCCCCAGGCCUCACCACAGUGGAGAUCAUACCCUUCAGAGUGGCCGCCUACGACAAGGACAAGAGGUGCAUGGACUUCUACGACCCUGGAAGACCACAGAGUUUCGAUUUCAUCUCAGGCACUCGUAUGAGGCAGCUCGCUCGGGAGAAUAAAAAUCCACCUGAUGGUUUCAUGGCUCCAAAGGCAUGGAAGGUGCUGACAGAAUACUACUCCUCGCUGGAAAAGAGCAAUUAAUGUUUCCUUCUUUGCAACACAAAAGGCAUUUUAUGAAAGGCUGUUUCCUUACCCGCUGUCCUUCUGUGUAGUCUCAUCAUUUCACGAUUUUUAAUUCUUGAAUCAGUCUGAUUUACAUGUAUCAAUGUCUUAAUCUCCAAGUGGUGGAGUGAAGAUCUAGCUGGAAAAUUAGGUCAUUUUCAUUCCGAUUUUUU